AUGGAUCCCUUUUCUCUUAAUUCUCCCGGGUUUGUAAACCUACUAUCUUCCCAGUGCAGUCAAACCACUCAAACCAUAGAUGUAGGGUCCUCAGAUGUUCCUAAACCGGUGGAGAGGAGAAAGUGGACAACACAAGAAGACAUUGUCCUCAUUAGUGCCUGGUUGAACACCAGUAAGGAUCCCAUAGUUAGUAACCAGCAGAAGUUAGGGUCUUUUUGGAAAAGAAUAGAGGAUUACUUUAAUUCAAGCGCUCAGGUCAUUGGCUUUGCUCCUAGAGAGUGGAGUCAGUGUAAGCAGAGGUGGGGAAGGGUUAAUGAGCAGGUGUGUAAGUUCGUUGGAAGCUAUGAGGCGGCUUUGAAAGAGCAAGCUAGUGGGCAAAAUGAGAACGAUGUCAUGAAGUCUGCUCAUGACAUCUUCUUUAACGACUACCACGCGAAGUUCGCACUUGAACACGCGUGGAGGGAGCUGAGGUAUGAUCAAAAGUGGAGAUCGACCUCUUGCGCAAAAGAUGGUGCAAAGGAGAAACGAAAGGAGGCUGCAGAGUCAGUCCCUGACUCGGAUGAGGCUAGGCCUCCUGGUGUGAAGGCUUGCAAAUCAGCCAAACGCAAGAAAAAGGGGAAUGAAGCAGCAUUUGAUCGACUAGAGAGCAUUCUAGACUUGAAACGAAACCUAUCGAAACAAAAAAUACUAGAUCGAUUACUCUCUAAGAAACUAGAAACUCUAACUGAGAGUGAGGUGGCUCUGAAGGACAAACUAGUGAAGGUUGUUGGUCACGGGUUCUGGAGGUCACGGGUUCUGGAGGUCACGGGUUCUGGAGGUCACGGGUUCUGGAGGUCACGGGUUCUACAAGGUCACGGGUUCUACAAGCGCUUCUGCAGGUCACGUUUUUUUCUGAGGUUGAUGGGUUUUGCUUCACGGGUUAUCGUAGUAGUAGUAGUUGUACUCUAG